UGGAGCAGUGGGAGUCAAGGUGGCAAUGACAGAGUGGACGUUGCUGAAACGGCUACUCGAUGCCGUGCAUCAGCAUUCGACUCUGAUUGGUCGAAUUUGGUUGACAGUGAUGGCAAUUUUUCGUUUGUUGGUGGUUGCCGUGGCAGCGGAAGACGUCUACGCAGACGAGCGUACCAUGUUUGUGUGCGACACACUGCAACCGGGCUGCUCAAACGUGUGCUACGAUGCUUUCGCGCCCAUCUCUCAACCACGUUUCUGGGUCUUCCAUAUUGUGGCCGUGUCCACGCCUUCACUCUUCUUCAUUCUUUACACCUGGCACAACCUUUCCAAGAUGACACCUGGGCAAAGUGCGGACGAGUGUGUACGGAACUGUAAUUCCGAAAGCUGCUCCAUUACGUCGCAUCACCACCUGAGAGACAAGGUGGCUGAGGUUUUGGAAAAAAGCAUGUGCGUUUCACUGGCUCGUGGCACUGUCCAAAAAAACGUCUCUCAAACCAGAGGUUCCUCAGGAGUCCUAUCCAAAGCCUACGUGCUUCAUGUUUGCUCUCGGGCCGCACUGGAGCUGUCAUUCCUUUCCCUUCAGUGGUUGCUGUUUGGUUUUUGCGUCCCGGUUCGUUUCCCAUGCGCCGUUCCUCCUUGUCCUCAACGCGUCGACUGCUACGUCUCGCGUCCCACGGAGAAGAGCAUCUUCCUCAUCUUCAUGUUCUGCGUGGGCGUCUUUUGCAUCUUGCUAAACUUCCUGGAGCUCAAUCACCUCGGCUGGAAGAAGAUCAGAAGGUCAAUGCAAAUGAAGGACGGAUGCAGGAGCAGUAUUUACGGAGCAAUAAAUAGACGCUCUGGUACGAGCAGUACAACGUCUCUGCCUACGCUGGAGCUGCUGGUGGAGAAUCAACCCGAGUGGACGUGUGCAGGAAAUGAGUGCUGCGUACCAUUAAAAGACGGGAAAGAAAAGUCAGUGCAGAAAGAGAAACACAACACCGCACAUGUCUCAAGAGGAAAAACGCAGUCACUUAAAGGAAAAGUGUCCAAACGAAGUGCUGAAGUCUGGAUAUAA